AUGAAAGAACCCCGGAUUUUCCCUAGAGAGCGGCCAACUCCUUGGACUCGUGCUCCACUGCCACCUCGAGGACGGUUGGACAGUUCCCUGGGACCACAGGGGGGUCAGGGUCCUGUUCUAAACACUGGCCACCCACUGGGCAUGGCCUCAGAUUCCUUCCUUAUGGCAACUGGUUCUCUUGGUGGAAAUCUGGCCCCGUUUCCAAGGAACCCUUCUUCUUUUCCAACUUCAUCAGGCUCAUUGGCUUCAAAUCCAGCACCUUUCCCUGCUGGUGCUCGUGACUCAGGCAUGGCUUCUUUUCCAAGGGGAAUGAAUCCCACUGCCGCAGGUUCCGUUACUUUCUCAAGGCCAGGUGGCCUCUUGGGCCCAGGGCCAGGGCCAGCUCUAAACUCUAGAGCAGGGGCUCUUCCAGGCCCAGGGCCUAUGUCUAACCCAAGGUUAGGGGGUCUCCCAGGGCCAGGUCCUAUGCCCAACUCAAGGGCAGGUGGUCUCCUGGGAACAGGACCUGACUCCAGAAGUGGGGGCCCCAUGGGCCCUGGAUCUGGACCCAAUCUGAGAACGGGUGUCCUCUUGACUCCUGGGAAUGGCCCUCCCAAUACUAGGUCCAUUGGCCUGGGCCCUGGACCAAGUCCCAAUCUGAGAUCGGGCUUCAUAGGUACAAACCCUGCCCCAAGGUCAGGUAUGUUUCAAGGCCCCGGCCUUGGGCCCAACCCAAGAGCAAGUGGUCUAGGCCCAGGCCUUGGGCCCAACCCCAGAGCAAGUGGUCUAGGCCCAGGCCUUGGGCCCAACCCAAGGGCUGGUGGCCUGGGCCCAAGCCCUAACAUGGACACCAGAGCAGGUGGCCUCUUGGGCACAGGAUCUGGUCUUAACUUAAGAAUGGCUGGACCUCAAAACCUAGAUCUUGCCCCCAUUCUAAGAGCAGCAGGUCUUUUAGGAGCAAAUUCCGCUUCUUUCUCACAGGCUUCUGGAAACAUGGGCACAAGCCCAUCUUCCAUGGCAAGAGUACCUGGCCCCAUGGGCCCAAACUUGGGUUCUGGCUCUCGGGGAAUUGGCCUUCCAGGGCCAAAUCCAUCUCCCAUGUCGAGGGCUCCUGGCCCCAUAGGCCCUAAUUCAGCUCAUUUUUCAAGGCCAGCUGGCCCCAUGGGGGUAAAUGCUAAUCCCUUUCCAAGGGGGACAGGUUCAGGGGCACUGAACUCAGCUGGCUUCUCUCAGUCUUCUGGAACAUUGGCUUCAAACCCACCUAACUUUCAGAGGUCUGCUGGCUUCCAGGGUUCAAAUCCAGCAAUUUUCCCAAGAGCCUCUGGGCCGCUAGGACCCAACCCAGCUAAUUUCCCAAGAGCCCCUGGCUUACAGGGUCCAAGUCCAACUACCUUCCCAAGGUCUACUGGCCCACUAGGCCCUGGUCAGGUUCCUUUCCCCAGGUCAGCUUCUGGGCCUCUGGGCUCUUCUCCAGCAGGCUCUGUGGGUAUCAACCCAGCUCCUUUUGCAAGGCCAACUGGGACCCUGGGUCUAAACCCAGCUUCCUUUCCAAGGAUGAAUGGUCCUGUAAUGAAGACUGUGGUCCCAUUUCCUAGAGUGGGUAGUCUCCCUGGCACAAACCCAGCUGCUUUCCCCAGACCAGGGGGUCCAAUGGCUGCAAUGUACCCAAAUGGAAUGUUACCCCCUUAAACAGCAUUUUCUCUCUAGGACCACCUUGGUUUCCAGGCAUCGUGGUUCUGGGCAGAGGCUGUGUUUUAGGUAAAAGGGUAGUCAUGGAGCUACAGUCUGAAGUAUAUAGCUGGGGCUCAAGUUCAAAUGAGUCAUCUUCUUUCAAACUCCGCUUCUUUCUUGAUUAAAGGUGAAAUGUUAUUUGUGGGACAUGGACUGUGGCAGGUGGAAAUGAUCCCAGCCUUGAGAGAAAGGAUCUCCAGCCUUCCAGAAGCCUGCUGUGCUUUUGUCCCACAGCUUUCUGCCCCUUGUUUCUUGCUAGUUUCUUGAAUUGUUCUUGUGGACUUUUCCUCAGGGAUACAGUGACCUGUAGGUCCCAAUUCAUAUGUAGUUCCCUGCUCACCACUGGAGAAUCAGCUCACUGCUCUAGAAAUGUUGCAUUGGUGAACGGACCAUGCUUCAGCAGCUCUGACCUGGGCAGCUUGGACCUGUCCUCUACUGCCAUACCUUUCCCUGGGGGCUUGACACAGAACAGGGAGGUGGGCAGCCAUUUUACAGACCCACCAACUACAAUUUCCACUUGACUGGCAGGUCUUGGAGUUUCCUUCUCUGGGACUUAGAGAAGGCCAGAAUCAAGGCUCCACUGUUCAUCCAACUCCCUCUCCACUGGUACUCCCAAUCAAAGAACCUCAAAAUUUAAACUGAUGUGGAUGGGAUAGGGGGAGGAGGGUGGGAGGGGUGGGGGUUGAAGGGAAGAAAUCACUGUGCUUUGUUCAACCUGAUGUGAAAGGAUGGUUGGUGUUUUUCCUGCGUUGUAUCUUUUCUUACUGUUUCUUUAAUAAAUGGGAUGAGAGGG